AGACACAGAACCGUGUCGUCGAGGCAGGAGCAGCGGGUGGCGGCGAGCGCCGAGGGCAAGGCGCAAGCGCAACGCGCCGGCGAGCAGCAGGCGCGCGAGAUCGCGCACGAGCGCACGGAGCGCGCGCGCGUGGUCGGCGCCGGUGCCGGCGGGCACGAGGAGCGGCGCCGCGCCGGGAUCCUGGAGAGCGUGCAGCAGGGCGCCAGGUCCCUGGUGAGCGCCGUCGGCCGCACGCUCGGCGUCGCCAGCAGGGACACCACCACAAAGGACUGCUCGGUGGACAAGGCGAGCCAGGCGGGCGACGCCACCGCGCACAAGGAAAAGGCGAGCGAGACGGCCGGGGCGGCCAAGGACAAGCUCGGCGAGUACAAGGACUACGCCGCCGGCGAGGCAACGGAGGCCAAGGACGCCGUCGCCCAGAAGGCCAGCCAAGCAGCAGAGGCGACGAAAGGCAAGGUUGGAGAGUACAAGGACUACGCCGCUGACAAGACGGCGGCCGCCGCCCAGAAGGCCAGCGAGGCGGCAGAGGCGACGAAAGGCAAGCUUGGCGAGUACAAGGAUUACGCCGCGGACAAGGCCACCGAGAUGAAGGACGCCGCGGCGCACAAGGCUGGCGGGACGGCGGAGGCGACCAAGGUUAAGGCUGUGGAGAUGAAGGACGCCGCGGUGCAGAAGGCAAGUGAAACAACCGAGGCGACCAAGGACAAGGCUGCAUCGAUGAAGGAAGCCGCUGCGGAUAAGGCACGGGAGACAAAGGAGGCCGGCGCGUCGAAGGCCAAGCAGAGCACGGAGGAGCUGAGCAAGGCGGCGAGAGGCGACAAGACCAUGGAGGAGACGAAGAGAUCCCCAGAGGAGAAGCUCGAGGAGUCAGCCGCCGACGCUGCCCGCAACGCCAUGGAGUACCUGACCUUGCGGACAGAGGAGGAGGAGGUCACCGGCGCGAGCAAGGUGAAGGCGCGCACGGACGCGACGGAAGAGGUGGAAGCAGCGGCAAGGGAGCAGGCGGCGGAGGCCGAGCGGCGCUCCAACUCCAAGGAUGGCAAUGGCAUGUGAAGCAAGAAAGGCCGUGCUGCCGGUGCAGCCUCCUGCAGCGGCGUACAGGCCGUUA